CCCACGCUUUCUCAUAUGCGACUUGCUCAUUAUCUUCGGACCUGGAGUCGCAUUCCUAUAUCAUGUCGCACAUACUAUCGUGACUCGCAGCAAAACGGGGCCAUAGCUUCUUCUUCUCAGCUAUCCACGGAAGAGGUUGAACGUCUCAAAGAGUCUCAGGAUGCUUUGAGACGAAAACGGAGAACAGAGUGGAAACGGAGGCAAGGGGGUCAGACUUUCCUCGAUAAUGUUGUUAUUCAUCUUCGUGCAGGCAAAGGCGGGGACGGCUGCGUAGCCUUUCAUCGUGAGAAAUUCGUUCCAUAUGGUCCUCCAUCAGGUGGCAAUGGCGGGCGUGGCGGAGACAUUUACAUUCUUCCAACUUCUCAUCUCACUACACUUUCCUCUGUUUCUACUCGUGUGCGUGGCAACCCUGGUGGAAACGGUCAGGGUACCUGGCAGAACGGCAAGACUGGAGCGCCUACUAUCAUUCGCGUCCCUGUUGGAACUAUAGUCCGACAACUUCCGCAUAAUGAUCCUCGGAGAGCGCAAGAUGAGUAUGAAGCGGAAGAGGAGUCACUGCAGGGUUUGUCUCUGGAGGAACGGAAGAAGAAGAUCAGGCAGAGGAGAUGGGUACAUUAUCCGGAUUGGGAAGAUGAAAAUAUGGAGAGAGAUUCUUUCAAGGACGCUGAACGAACAAUGUAUAGGGACGAGAGGGAACGACGGAUACAGCGACAGCAGCGCUCUAUCAACCUUGUUCAUCUGGAUCUCGACAGUCCUAUGGAAGAGGAACAAGAUGUGAAUGCACCGCUGGGUCUACCUCGCACUCGUACUUUUGGUCAUCUGCUGGCUUCGGGAGGUGCUGGCGGAUUUGGAAACCCUCAUUUCCAUGGUGCCAAUAACCGAUCUCCGAAAUUCGCCACUCGAGGUCAUGAAGGCGAACGACUGAGCUUCUGGCUGGAACUCAAGCUCUUGGCAGAUAUUGGGCUUGUAGGCAUGCCAAAUGCUGGGAAGAGUACUCUUCUUCGCGCUCUUACUGGAGGACGUGCAAAAACUGAGAUCGCCGGUUAUGCAUUCACUACGCUGAACCCUGUGGUUGCUGUUGUCCGUGUAGCAGAUGAUGGCAGCUUCGAAGGCAAGGCUCGUGGUAUGGUAUAUGAUGAAACUCGGGUUGAAGAACAGCGGGAGAAGGAAUUACGGGACAGUGGCGUUCUCGCGAACGCCAUGACCAGGAACCAGAGACCGUCUUCAUCAAUCGAUCCCGAUGAACUUGCAGCCUCUCCGAAAUCCCUAGAGUCUUUCCGUUUCACAGUGGCCGAUAACCCGGGUUUGCUCGAGAACGCUUCAGAUAACGUCGGUCUAGGCCACUCUUUCCUCAAGUCUAUCGAACGCUCUCUUGCCUUGGUUUAUGUCGUCGACCUCUCCUCUGAGGCACCGUGGGAGGACCUACGCGUUCUCCGAGAUGAGCUUGAGAAGUACAAACCGGGCAUGAGCCCCAAGGCACGUAUGGUUCUUGCAAACAAGGCCGACUUACUCGGAGAAGAUGGCCAGGACGAGGCAGUCCGUAAUGCAAAGGAGAAGUUGCGCAGACUGGAGCAGUUCGUUGCGGAGGACAUGGUUGCCCCCGUACAGGACGCCGAUGGGAACGUUAUAGUGACUAGACAGCUAGACGUCGUGCCUAUCUCUGCGAAAUACAGCAUGAACAUGCGCAAAGUCGUCGGCCUGAUGCGGAAGUAUGUGGAGGAGGCGAGACAGGACUCGACGUCGAUUGCGACCAUGUCAAAUUCCAAUUUGACGUCAGACGUUGGAGCAGUUCCCGUGGUAUGAUAGUUGGAGGUGGCGCUCAUUUCAAAUGUAUGAUAUCCGUGUUAUAAUGUUGGAUAGAGUUCUUAUUGACCCGGCUGCAAUCUUUUUGAAGUGUGCAGUGAAGUGUGUUGCAUGUGUCAAUGUGUUAUACCACCGACGAUCAUGAUCGCGUACACGUGUAUACCAGACUUAGACUUCUGGAAGCAAGGACCCGACGUCAAAUCUUUCUUUCAGUUC